UCACUUUUUCUCUCUCUAAAGCCGUCCAGUCUCGGCGCUCUACGCAAUCUCUCUCUCUCUCUCUCUCCUCCGCUUGCUUCAAAGUCUGAGUUUUCCUCUCUUCGUUGCUAAUCCCUAUAUUUUGAAUUUUGAUCUUUCAAGUAAGUUUAAUCUUUGGGUUUAUUAUCUCCAACUUCAUUUGUUCUUCUAUCUACGCAAUUCUCAUUUGUCAAUUUCCUACCCAAUUCAGUUCAAUCGCUUAUUUAUUCCUAUUAGCAGUCCUUUGAAUUUUAGUCUUACUAUUUAUCAAUCAUUUUCUUUCUUUUUUUACUUAUGUUAAUGCCUGUGUUAAGAUCUGCACCUAAACUGUUAUUCUGCUGUUAGUCUAUAUUAUCUAUUUAAUACUCGUUCAGGUCCUUGAUUUUUCAUUUUCUUUUAUUCUUUUCUGUUGUGAUCCAAGGGCACAAGUAGUUGUCUUCUUGGAUAUGGAUUUUUUCUGUUAAAGUCUUUGUCUUAUUGUUACGCUCCUGCAUAUUAUGUCCUAUGGUAAUGAAGCUGUAGAAUAACUUAUGAUGUACAUUUCCUUUUACGGUGAUGUCCGAGGCUGCUUGUGCUCAUCUCAACUAUUCCACCAGCACAGAUACUGGAUAAUUCUGUACAAAGAAAUCACCUAGUGUUUUAGGCAUAGGUAUUUGCAUAACUUGCCGUAUUUCCAUCUUUAUUGGGUAUGUUGUUUGAAAAUUGUACAUGUAUGCCAGGUUUAUAUGCACCCAUAUAGUGCCGCAAGCGGAAGAGCUUAUCUUUAGCAGAUGAUUGCUCUCGUUUAUGCAUUCUAAAGAGUUUUCAUGUGCCGUCUGAAGUUGCCUAUGGUUGAGAGAAGAUAUAGCUGAUAUUUGUUUGGGGUGCAUAAAAUGGAUUUUCAGAAUAAUCCACAGGGUGAAUAUGGAAGGUUUGAACAGAUACUUGCUCAAUUUCUUCUUAAAACCUUGCAUAUUGUUUUGGACUGUAGAGUUCCUUCGAUCCGACCUUAUGGUCGUAGUGGAGAGGUGAAAAAGAGUGACAAGUGGUUCAAUUUGGUGUUGGGAGAUCGCCCUGCUGUUCUUGAAAGUUUAAAUUUUUGGCACAGAAAUUUGAUGGAACCAAUGAUAAUAGACAUAAUACUUGUUCAAGAGAAACCUAGUUCUUUGUCAGAGCAUAGUUCAGGUACAGCAUUCGCAGGGGCGUAUACAGAAACCAUCAUAGAGAGGUGGGUUGUACAAUAUGAGUAUCUGAGGACAAUGGUUCCUCAAGUUGGUGAAUCUUCUUACAAGAAAACAUACAAGAAAUCAAUUAUACUGCUCCGCUCCCUAUAUUCAAUGAUGAGGCUCCUUCCUGCAUUCAAGGCCUUCAGGAAACUUUCAUCAACUCAGAGUUGUGACUUUGAUAUCAUUUACAAGGUCUCUUCAUUUAGUGCUCCAUUCUCCAGGGCAGAGGAGGAGUUGAUGAAGCAUUAUACUUUUACUCCAGUUGAUGCCCAGCAGGGCCGUUUUUCUAUAUCUGUGUCAUAUCGUGAAAAUCUGUCAGACUUUAACCUGGAGAUUGCAGCAUCCUUUCCGCCUGAGAUCAUCGCAGAUUAUGUAGGCAGUCCUCUUACUGACCCAAUGAGAUCAUUUCCUUCUUCUUCAUCUGAUAAGGAUGUCCGCCCUACAUCAUUUCCGUCGAGAGGGGCACAGUCAUCUUCUUCAUCACCUUUCCAGCGGCCGCACAGUUGGACAAGUGGUUUCCUCAUGUCACCUUCUUUACCUCGGACCCAGCCAUAUGUAGGAUCUCCACCUUUGUACCGCACACCACAUGAGCUUUCAUCUUCGCCUGGUGAUGUAUAUGGGCAGAGGGUUUCACCGAACAACAGAUUGCCUAUACACCACAAAGCGACGAGCUUUGAUGAGUACCAGCUUUCACCUCCAUUUUCAUCAUCUCCAUCCCCAUCUCCACCCACAUAUAUGUCAGGAGCAAAUCCUGGGCAGACUCGAAUGCGUUCAGGAACUGGCCCUGUCAGUAUCCCUCAUCCAAUGAUGGGUACAAGUUCCAGAUACCUAUCUCCUAAUUUGUCUGAUCCUAACAGGCAUUCUCUCCCUCCAAUGUCUCCCAGAAGCACAAAGCAGGAUUCAUCAUCCAAUGAUUCCCCUUCUGGAAUCAGGUCAUUCCGGAAAAUGGAUCCACUAAGGACUCUAGAGUCUAUUAUCAGCACUAUGAGUCCUGGACAAAAGAUUUCUAGAGAUGCUAGAGAUGAUUCAGGGCGGUUCUCGGGCUUGCUAUCUUCAAGUGGUUCGCCACGUAUAUUUUCUAGAAGUUCUAGCAGACUGUCUUUUCAAGAUGACUUGGAUGUCUUUGAUUUUUCCUGUCCUUUUAUUGUUGAUGAUGUCGAUACUUCCGAUUCGCAAGUCAGUGAGAACCUUGAUGGGAGAAAAGGUUCAGAAGUCUCUUCUCAAGCAUCUGCAACAACCAGAAAAUCCCAAGAUGCCGCUGUAGGUGCCCUUGUUCACAUGCUGAGAACUGCUCCUCCUUUGCGCCAAGAUUCUAGCUGCUAUACCUCACAUAGCGUAAAGACUGAAGUGGAGGGAGAACUUGGUACUGCAUCUGGAUUUUUCAUCAAUAGAAAGGCAUCAGAUGCUCUUGAGGAGCUCAAAACUUACAAAGAUUUGAAAGAUCUACUACUGUCCAAGAGUGCAACCCGUUCAGUCAGUGAGGGUGGAACUUAACCUGACGUAUUCCACGCACAAAAGUUAGCUCACAGUGGACGAAGAUAGUUGAUAUUUGCCCCUUGUGUUCAUGAACAAACUUUUCUAUGGGAAACUCCAUUGUCUCAGUAGUUUGGAUGGCUAACAGAUUCUGUACAUGAGGUGGUGAUGAAAUAGCAAACAAUAGUUGAAACAGUUGACUGAUUUUGACACACAUUUUAAGAACAUUGAUGGAUGUGAAACAUCAAAAAAAAAAAAAAAAAAAAAAAAAAAAAAAAAAAAAAAAAAAGAACAUUGUUGGAUGUAAAAAAACAAAAAGAGAAAAAAGAGAAAAAAAAUUUGGUUCUUCUAAAAGCAGUUGUUUAACAGGUUCUCCUUUAUUUGUCAAUUA